UAUUUGACAGACCGGCCUAAUGUCUAACUUGCCCGAUCAUAUUUGUUUCAUUGGCUUCUGGACUCGGGCCCAGUUAAGCUGAAUUGGGCCAUCCGACUCGGCCUUGAGGACAAAAGAAAGGGAAAAGCCCAGCUCCACUGCAAAGCCGCCAUGGAAGAAGCUGAAGCUGAAUCACUGAACCUGAAGAACUUCCUGAAAUGGGCAGCCGAGCUAGGCAUCUCAGAUUCUCCUCCAACUUCUACAAUUCAAUCAGAUUCAUGUUUGGGACAAUCCCUUUUUGUAUCCAAUUUCCCUGAAGCUGGAGGGAGAGGUUUAGCAGCAGCGCGUGAUGUUAGGAAAGGGGAAUUGAUUCUUAGUGUUCCAAAAGGAGCGUUAAUGACUAGUCAAAGUCUGAUGAUGAAUGACGAGGCAUUGUCCAUUGCUGUCAAGAAGCACCCUUCUCUAUCCUCUACGCAGAUAUUGGCUGUUGCAUUGUUAAAUGAAGUGAACAAGGGGAAGAGUUCUCGCUGGUGGCCCUAUCUAAAGCAGUUUCCCCGCAGCUAUGACACCCUUGCAGAUUUCGGCAAAUUCGAGAUACAAUCAUUGCAAAUUGAUGAUGCCAUAUGGGCUGCACAAAAGGCUUCUCAGAAAGCUGAAGAGGAGUGGAAUGAAGCAACUGCGCUUAUGCAUGAACUCAAGCUCAAGCCACAAUUCCUCACUCUUAAGGCUUGGCUCUGGGCCUCUGGUUCUAUAUCCUCGCGCACCAUGCAUAUACCUUGGGAUGAAGCUGGAUGUUUAUGCCCUGUGGGAGAUUUCUUCAACUAUGCAGCUCCUGGAGAGGAAACAUCUGAUUCUGAAGACCAGGCUGCUGGAAAGGCCUCUUCUUUGCCAGAAGAUGGUAUGCUUAAAUCAGAAACUGAAUUGGCUGCUGCCCAUAGGCUAAUAGAUGCUGGAUAUGAGAAAGACGUUUCUUCAUACUGUUUCUAUGCUAGAAGAGACUACCGGAAAGGAGAUCAGGUUCUUCUAAGCUACGGAACCUACACAAAUUUGGAGCUUCUUCAACACUAUGGAUUUCUUCUGAUGGAGAACCCAAAUGAGAAGGCCUUUAUACCUUUAGAACCAGAUAUGUAUUCACUAUGCUCAUGGGAGAAUGAGUUACUAUACCUUCAGCCAGAUGGGAAGCCAUCCUUUGCAUUACUAUCAACUGUGAGAUUCUGUGCGGUCCCUAAAACCAGUCGCAGGUCUGUUGUGCACCUUGUUUAUUCAGGAAACCGACUUUCAACAGAGAAUGAAGUUGUUGCGAUGAGAUGGCUAGCAAAGAAAUGCAGAACAAUAUUGGACAUUCUUCCAACAACUGCUGAAGAAGACGGCAAUUUGCUCUCCUUCCUUGGUGAAUUUCUAGAUAUCCAUCAGUCCGGAGAGAUUAAAGAGAUGUCAUCACCACUUCCUACUGAGCUUUGUGCUUUUAUUAAAAGCAAGAAUUUGGUUAGUGAAGGAAUUUUUGCCAUGUCAAGAGUAGCUAGAAGGUCUAUAGAGAGAUGGAAAUUAGCUAUUCUGUGGAGGCAUCUCUACAAGAGAAUACUUUGGAAUUGCAUUGUACAUUGUACUGAAGUAAUUAAUGAUAUUGUAUCUCGAGAUUCAAUACAAUGAAAUCUUCAUUGA